AUGGCGGAAUUAUCGACGUCUUCGGAUGGAUUGGUAGCCGAAGAAGCGAGGCAGCAGGAACCAGGCCAAGGAAGCUCUGAAGGUAGUCAUGGUUUACAAGACACAAAGGAGCAGGAAAUAAGAAAGGGGAAGGCGGCUCUUGUUUCCACUGAACUGCUGAGGGAGGAUCUGGUUCAGAGUGCUGUUAGUUUUCUGAAACACCCGAAAGUAGUAGCCUCUUCGGAUGGACAGAGGCGGUCUUUCCUUGAAAAUAAAGGACUCACUGUGGAUGAAAUAGAUGAAGCGUUUCGACGUUUACAAAGCCCAUCAUCGAAUUCUGCGAGCUCAAAUAUGUGCACAUCUCAAGGGGUGUUUGAUCAUCAAUGCAGGAUUACUGAGGAGAGUAAAGUUGACAAAAAGUGUAUGGAUGAUUCAGAGAGGGUGGAACCUGAAGCUGAACCUGUGGCCCCUGUGGUACCUCAUCAUCCAAAAUCAUAUAUGGAGAUCAUGGAAAUGAUACAAAGGGGUGAGCGGCCAGAUGAUAUCCAGGAUAUUAAUGAUGACCCUCCAAAUUCUGAUCAACCAAUCUCAGAACCUCGUAUGGCACCGAAACCAAAGCCAUGGGAAAAGCAAGGUCAAGGAAGUUUGGUCUGGGAUUUGAAAUCACCACAAAGGGAACCCGACGUGUUGAUAUCAAAAGUUCAGCACGAUGGCACCAACAGGGCUGCAGAGUCGGUCGAUGGCUCCAACCAGGGGGGCUCAUUGCUGCGAGCAGAAGUAGCUGCUGGUUCUGAAUCUCCUGUGAUUCCAAUUGACGCUGCUGCUUCGCUGGAGGGUAACCGCGAAAACAAAUGA